AUGAGAGAUUUGGUCUCAUGUUUCAGUGAAAACUCAAUAAACGUGACACAUCCAUUAUCUUCACCAUCAUCCAUAUCAUCAUCAUUAUCAUCAUGUUCAAAAUACAACACCAGCAAGGCUUGCUUCUCACCAUCUCUCAUACCAUCCAUACAAACCUCCAUUACAAGCAUCUACAGAAUCACUUCACUUUCCAAGCAUCUCAUCAUAAAAGUCACAUGGUGCAGCAACAACAACAACAGUGGUCUCAGCAUCUCUGUCUCCUCCGCAGAUCAAAACCCUUCAACAUCCCUCAAACUCAACACUUCUUCUCGCUUCUUCCGUAAGAAGAAAGGAAACAAAUCAGUAGAUUCCGAUCUCGGCAAAAUCGAGGUUUCUUGGGAUCUUUCUUCCGCUCAAUACGAUUCGAACCUGAGUCCUGAACCGGUUCAAGACUUCUACGUUAUCGUCCUCGUCGAUGCUCAGCUAACUCUCCUUCUCGGAGAUUCCUCUGAAGAAACUCUCAGAAAAAGGGGUUUGGAUUUCGAUUUCGACUCAAGAAGAUCUCUGGUUUCUCGACAAGAACACUUUUCCGGUAAUACUUUUUACUCAACUAAGGCUAAGUUCGUUGAAUCAGGAGAUUCACACGAGAUCGUUAUCAGAUGUAACGCCGAGAAAACAGAGGGUUUAAAACAGAGCACUCAUCAUAAUCAUCACUCCCCUGUUUUGUCUGUUUGUAUUGAUAAGAAGACGGUUACGAAAGUGAAGAGGCUGCAAUGGAAUUUCAGAGGGAACCAGACGAUUUUUGUAGAUGGGUUGCUAGUGGAUCUGAUGUGGGAUGUUCAUGAUUGGUUCUUUUGUAAUCCAGAAGGUUGUGGAAAAGCUGUGUUCAUGUUUAGGACAAGGAAUGGUUUAGACAGUAGCAGGCUUUGGUUGGAAGAGAAGAUGGUUCAAAAAGAUGAACAAGACAAAGACAAGCUUGAUUUCUCUCUCCUCAUUUACGCCAGUAAGACUUAA